CCCACUCCUUUCUGCGGAACGACUAUUCGCCACAUUCAUUUGUAGUUUGGUGUGUGUACAUGUAUACAUGUGAAAUCAGGAAAUCAGAAGCAAGCCCAAAUAAUUUCGAAUUCAGGCAAUGGAUUUUGCAAAGCGCCAGCUUGAAAAAUAUGGCUGGUCUGAAGGUCAAGGCUUGGGAAAAAAUUCGACUGGCAUCACAACAGCUUUGAAGCCCAAGGUGAAAUUAAAUACUGCAGGUAUUGGCCAUGAUCCUGCCCAGGAGUUCACCUAUCGUUGGUGGGAGGAUGCAUUUAACAAUGCUGCUAGCAAUAUCAAUAUUAAAAAGACACAGGAGGGUGUAGAAGUAAAAACAGUAAUUGAGGACUCCCCAGAAAUUUCGGCAGUUAAAAGGGCAAAAAUUAAACGGGAUAAAAUGCAGUAUGGUGCUUUUGUUAAGAGGGAGACGCUGACUGAGGGUGGUUCGGUUGUACCACCUGAGGAAAAAUCUGACCCUAUUGAGGAGGCAGAAAGCAGACUUCCCAAGUUACCAGCCACACUUAAUGAUGAACAAUUAUUUCAGGCUUGUGGAGGACUGACUGCUCACAAGGCUGCUAGACAUGGGCACAAGUUAAGUGGGAAACUUCAAAGAGUCAAGGAGCAAGAGGAAGCUUUUAUGAAAGCCUAUCAAAAAGAUCAAGGUGGGUCCAAAAAAGCUAAAAAUAGUUCUUUGACUGAACAUGUUGAAAUAGAGAAAGGAAAAGGAAAGAUGAAGAAAAAGAAAAAGGGAGAACUGAUUGUUGAAGAAAAUCAAGAGCAUGAAAUUGAAAUUUCUUCAAAGAGGAAGAAGAAAGAUAAAAGGCAAGGAGACAUGCCUGAAGAAACCAAUUGUAACACUGGUAAUUUAGAAAACAAAACCGAGAAACAAAAGCUACCUCAAGAGAAUGAAGGUGAGGAAUGUUUCAGAAGAUCAAGUAAAAAAAGAAAGAAAGAGAAAAAGUUGUGAUUGUUUUCUUUUAUCUGUUGUAAUAUAUAAAUGGCAUAAAAUGUUGAUUACUGGUAAACAUAAUGAAAUAUAUUAAUUUAACAUUUA